UGGAGUGCAGGGAAGGCAGCAAUGGGAGGUGGAAUGAAAAAUGAGAGGAGCUAUUGCCUUAGAUAAGGGAGAAGAGGGGACCUGGAGAAGAAGGAACCUGCAUGGGGAGGUGGAGCUUCAUGUCCACCUGGAUGGAUCCAUCAAGGUUAAAACCAUCUUAUACUAUGCCAAGAAGAGAGGGAUCCCCCUCCCAGCUGACACGGAAGAGGAGCUGCAGAAGAUUAUUGUCAUGGACAAGCCAGUCAGCCUCCCAUACUUCCUGACCAAGUUCAAUAUCUACAUGCCCGUAAUUGCGGGCUGCAGAGAGGCCAUCAAAAGGAUAGCCUAUGAGAUUGUGGAAAUGAAGGCCAAGGAGGGUGUGGUAUACAUGGAGGUACGCUACAGCCCCCACCUGCUGGCCAACUCCAAAGUGGACCCCAUCCCCUGGAACCAGCCCGAAGGGGAUCUCACCCCAGACGAAGUGGUUGACCUAGUGAACCAGGGCCUGCGGGAGGGGGAGCAGGCCUUCAAUAUCAAGGUCCGGUCCAUCCUGUGCUGCAUGCGCCACCAACCCAGCUGGUCCCUUGAGGUGCUAGAGCUGUGUAAGAAGUACCAUCAGAACACCGUGGUGGCCAUCGACCUGGCUGGUGAUGAGACCAUUGCAGGAAGCAGCCUCUUCCCCGGCCACAUGAUGGCCUAUAAGGCGGCCGUGGAGAAUGGCAUCCAUCGCACUGUCCAUGCUGGGGAAGUGGGCUCUGCCGAGGUGGUGCGAGAGGCUGUGGAUGUCCUCAAGACUGAGAGGCUGGGACAUGGCUACCACACCCUGGAGGACGAGGCCCUUUACCAGAGGCUGCGAAAGGAGAAUAUGCACUUUGAGAUCUGCCCCUGGUCCAGCUACCUCACAGGCGCCUGGGACCCGAAAAUGGAGCAUGCAGUUGUUCGGUUAAAGAACGACCGGGCUAACUACUCGCUCAACACGGAUGACCCUCUCAUCUUCAAGUCCACCCUGAACACUGACUACCAGAUGACCAAAAGGGACAUGGGCUUUACCGAAGAGGAGUUUAAGCGGCUGAACAUCAAUGCGGCAAAGUCCAGCUUCCUCCCGGAGGAUGAGAAGAAGGAGCUCCUCGAGCGGCUCUAUAAAGACUACAACAUGUCUCCCCAGGAGGCUGCAGGUCAGGACCCCUGAAGAUGACAUGCCUACUUCCGUGGGAUCAGGUGACACUCUGGCCUUUAUUCCUUCCAGGAAGACUGAGCCAACAGUCAGCUCCUGAUGCUCUUAUAGCUGUGUGCCUGUCUGUGGACACACAGACCCCUGCAAGGCCUUGUCUGUCCUCUCAUCAUGUCACAUGCCAAGGGCAAUAUGCAGCUGAAACCUCCUCCUCAGGCAACUCAUGCUAAAACAAAAUCUGGUGCUCAAUAAAGCAGUUGGUGGCUGCUGUGGUUGCAGCA